CCGGAUCGGGUGUACUGUCCCAACCCGAAAGUCCAGUUCUGCGGCCCGCAGCGGCGAGCGAGCGCGAUGACACAGGACUACGACAACAAACGACCAGUGUUAGUUCUUCAGAAUGAAGCCCUCUAUCCCCAGCGGCGGCCCUACACCAGCGAGGACGAAGCCUGGAAGUCCUUCCUGGAAAACCCCCUCACUGCGGCCACCAAAGCCAUGAUGAGCAUCAACGGGGAUGAGGACAGCGCCGCGGCGCUCGGGCUGCUCUACGACUACUACAAGGUUCCCAGAGAGAGGAGGUCUUCUGCCGCGAAGCCAGAGGCCGAGCACGCGGAGCCGGAUCCCAGCAAGAGGAGCAGCGUGCCGAGCAUGGCCGAACAGCCCCUCGUCCCCGCGGGGGAGAGCCGGGUGCAGGUGCUGAAGAACGUGCCCUUCAACAUCGUCCUCCCCCACGGCAGCCAGCUGGGCAGUGACAAGAGGAGCCACCUGCCGGCGCCCGACACCACCGUCACCGUCUCCAUAGCGACCAUGCCCACCCACCCCAUCAAGACGGAGAUCCAGCCCCAUGGUUUUGCCGUGGGCGUCCCGCCGGCCGUGUACCACCCUGAGCCCGCCGAGCGCGUGGUGGUGUUUGACCGGAGCCUGAGCUCCGACCAGUUCGGCUCGGCCGCCGCCGCUCAGCCGAACGCCCAGCGCCGCACCCCGGACUCCACCUUCUCGGAGACCUUCAAGGAGGGCGUGCAGGAGGUGCUCUUCCCCUCGGACCUCAGCCUGCGGAUGCCCGGCAUGGCCUCAGACGACUUUGUGUUUGACAGUGUCGCUGGGAACAACUUCGAGUAUACCCUGGAGGCGUCCAAGUCUCUGCGACAGAAGCCGGGGGACAGCACGAUGACCUACCUGAACAAAGGCCAGUUCUACCCCAUCACCUUGAAGGAGGUGAGCAGCAGCGAAGGCCUCCACCACCCCAUCAGCAAAGUCCGCAGCGUGAUCAUGGUGGUGUUCGCCGAGGACAAGAGCAGGGACGACCAGCUGCGGCACUGGAAGUACUGGCACUCCCGGCAGCACACGGCCAAGCAGAGGUGCAUUGACAUAGCUGACUACAAAGAAAGCUUCAACACCAUCAGCAACAUCGAGGAGAUCGCUUACAACGCCAUCUCCUUCACCUGGGACAUCAACGACGAGGCCAAGGUCUUCAUCUCCGUGAACUGCCUGAGCACCGACUUCUCCUCCCAGAAGGGCGUGAAGGGCCUGCCGCUCAACAUUCAGAUCGACACCUACAGCUACAGCAGCCGCAGCAACAAGCCGGUGCACCGCGCCUGCUGCCAGAUAAAGGUCUUCUGUGACAAGGGAGCUGAGCGGAAAAUCAGGGACGAAGAGCGGAAGCAGAGCAAGAGGAAAGUCUCGGACGUGAAGGUGCCGCUGCUGCCCUCCCACAAGCGGACCGACAGCACAGUGUUCAAGCCCUUCCUGGACCUCGACACGCAGCCCGUGCUCUUCAUUCCCGACGUGCACUUCGCCAGCCUGCAGCGGGGCGCUCACGUCCUACCCAUGACCUCGGAGGAGCUGGAGGGCGAAGGCUCUGCCCUGAAGAGGGGGCCGUUUGGCGUGGAAGAUGACUUCGUCGUCCCGCCUCCUGGCAAACUGGCGCGAGUGGAAGAACCCAAGAGAGUGCUGCUCUACGUCCGAAAGGAGUCUGAAGAAGUCUUCGACGCCCUCAUGCUCAAGACCCCGUCUCUGAAGGGCCUGAUGGAGGCUAUCUCGGACAAAUACGAUGUUCCUCAAGACAAGAUCGGGAAAAUAUUCAAGAAGUGCAAGAAAGGGAUCCUGGUGAACAUGGACGACAACAUCGUGAAGCAUUACUCCAACGAGGACACCUUCCAGCUGCAGAUCGAGGAAGCCGGCGGCGCCUACAAGCUGACCCUGACGGAGAUCUGAGGGCGCCGAGCCCCUCCGGAGGCGGAGGCCGAGCUGCGCAUGCGUGGAGACGGCGCGGCGGUUUCCACGUGACAAAUCCAUGUAUCGUCACGUUUGAAUUUUCUCAUUUAUCUAGGAUUGAAGGUAUAAAAACUUUUUCUGAGACUCAGCAGACACUCUGGGAGCCUUGAGCUUAUCUGCUACACUGCUCAUCAAA